CCCUUGAGUCAAAUUCGUAAAUGGAAGAUCCAUCUCCUUUCAUGGGCCAAUUCUUUCCUCCUCUUCCUCCCUCCCUCGGCCCAGCCUGGGCACCCUUCCCCCCUGUCCGGCCCAACUCGCGCGCGCCAAGGCCCAGUCUGCCCCUUACCCCCCAGCCAGGUCGGCCCACCUCGUUCCCCCUGUCUCCCCUCCGAGGCCCAGCUCUUUCCUUGGCCCAUCCAGUGCCGCGCUGGCCCAUUCGCUUCUCCCUGCUCUGGCCCAAGUCGUGGCCGGCCCAGCAGCCAGCGCCCCAGCCCCAACCCUAGCAGGGAGCUGGACACCUGAGCCCCAGAGCCGCCGCCGCCGUCGCCCAAGGCAGAGCCGCGCCAGCGCUCGCGCCUGCCACGGCUUCCGUGCGACCCCGCAUCCACCGCCGCGUGUCCCGCUGCGGACACGGACGCCGAGGAUGGCCGCAGCGUCCCUGGAGCCCUAGCGCCCGCGCUAUAAAAGCGGCAGCAGCCGCUCGCCCUUCUUCUACCCGCCGCCGCCGCCAUAGCCGACUCGAAGCUCCGCACCCUCACCAAGCGCCUCGACCCCGACCUCGCCCCGCGCACCUGCACCACCGAGCUCGGUCACGCCGUGACGCCGUCGAUCGCCACCACGAUGUCGCCCGCAACUGCGUCGCCCGAGCGUCUCGUCCUCGGCACCACCUCGGCACUCGCACCGCGCCCUCGCCGAGCAGCAGCAGAGCCGCGGCCAUGGCCUCGCCCUGCCGACGCCGCCAAGCACCACUGCGCCCGCCUCGGCCGUGCCCCUACCUCUGUGUCAAGCUUCAUCACCACGCGGGGGUCAGCCGCGGUGCCGUCCUCGCUGCGCAGCGGCCUCGCCCGGCGACGUCGAGCCCGCUGCCCUCGCCGCGUCGAGCUUCGACCACGGCCGGCCGCGUGGACGCCACAGCCCGGCCGAGCCUCUGCCUCGCCACCGUGGGAGUCGCCGCGGCCACGACGCCUUCAGCCCCGGCGCCCCUCCGCGUCUACGACGGUGUCGACCGCGAGCCCCCGUGCUGUCAUGGAGCUUACCUCGUCGAGCCGACACGCCGUCGACAGAGCCACCGAUGCCGCGCGCCGGGCACCAGAGCAAGCCCCUUCGCCGAGCACCCGAUGCGCCCCGUUGCCGCGGCCACGCCAGGACAUCGCCAUGGUCACCGCGUCAGCGCCGGCCGUGGUGAUCGCGACCCCGACCACGACGCCGUGCUCAUCUUGCCACGGUGACCGCGAACUUCCCUUUUGCUGGCUGCCGAUCACCACUGAACGUGCAGCAGCGGCAGCACCACCCCGCGCGAAGCUCUUCUCUGCCGCCGGGAUGCUGCACCCAUGUCGUGCCACUUGCCGGAGCCGUUGGACUUAACAUCGCUGCUGUUGGAGCACCGAACCUCGAGGCGUUGCCGAACCCCAAGACUUCUCUUUCAGAUGCACCCCGGCCACUUGCAGCAAGCCGCGACCAAGCUGUAGAAGCCCUCUGCCAUCCUCGCCCGCAAGGUCGAACCUUGAACCUAGCCGACAUCGUCUCCGACGUUGGCAAAACCCUUGCCGUUCAUUUCGAUAUCAUACAUGCCAUGUAUCUUGCUCAUGUAUGCAUUAUGAUCUAUCUGCAUGACCAUUUGUUCAUCUAUCCAUGUCAUGCACUUGUUACAUGAUUAUUCAUCUCAUAUCUCGUUUAAUGCGCGAUCUAUCUUCGUCUA